ACCCCACUUAAAGAAUGGCUACAUUGUUAGCGUUCAUGUGUGUGGGGAGUAAUGUUGCUUCUUAGCUAACAGUACUACACUUCACCCAUGUUUUUACAGGCGACUCGGCUGUCCGUGGUUAAAAUUCACAUUUCCUGGAGUUAAUUAACGCUUUCGUGGACGGGAAAACUUCUGAAGUCUUGAACAGAAUUAGAAACAGCCAAAAUGGAGAGUCGCGAAGGAGCAGCGUCGGCAAGAGACUGUGUGCUUGAUUUUUCACGUUUGAGUCUGACUAGUUUUAACGCUGACGGCGUGAGCAGCGAGAGGAAAAAGGACACCAAACAGCUCUACCUGAACUACAACAGACUAACCUCGUUACCCUCGUCGGUCAAUCUUUUCUUUAACCUGGAGUUUCUGGACAUCAGCAACAACGGACUGACCUCCGUCUGCGACGGCAUUACGCGGCUCACCAAACUUAAAACACUUUUAGCCAAAAACAACCGACUGGAUGAGUUUUCUCUGCCUAAGGAGUUCGGUUCUCUGCAGCUGGAGGUGUUGAACUUUAGUGGGAACCGCUUUGAGGAGAUCCCGCUUCAGUGUACCAAACUGUUGCAUCUACAGUCGCUUUCUCUUGGAGGGAACAGAUUAAAAAGUAUCCCAGCAGAAGUAGAACAUUUAACCAGUUUGGAGAUGUUGUAUUUGGGUGGAAACUUUAUUUCAGCCAUUCCCCCAGAGGUGGCGAACCUGCCCUCGCUCAGGUAUUUGGUGCUAUGUGACAAUCGCAUCCAGAGUGUGCCUCCACAGCUCACCAGGCUUCACUCUCUACGAUCUUUAAGUCUUCACAACAACUUGCUCACCUACCUGCCGAGAGAGAUCCUGAGUCUGGUCCACCUGCAGGAGCUCAGCCUCAGAGGCAACCCUCUGGUGGUGCGGUUUGUCAAAGAGAUGACCUAUGACCCUCCAUCGCUGCUAGAACUGGCAGGACGAACCAUAAAGAGUCGAAAUAUUCCAUACUUCCCUCGUGACCUCCCUUCAAAUCUUUUCCGCUACCUGGAUCUGGCCAGCAAGUGUCCCAACCCAAAGUGUGCUGGAGUGUACUUUGAUUCGUGUGUGCGACAGAUCAAAUUCGUGGACUUCUGUGGGAAGUACCGGCUGCCUCUCAUGCACUAUCUGUGCUCCCCCGAGUGCACCUCCCCCUGCAGCUCCAACCCUCAGAGCGACGCGGAGUCUGAGGAGGAGAACAGCGUGCCGGCCGAUCGCCUCCAGAGGGUCCUCCUGGGAUAAUGAUCCAAGAAGUUCCUUAAUGCUACCGAGUGGUGCUCGCUACAGACUUCCCUAGCCUCACGGCCGUGUUUGGACACACAUAAACCGUUUACUAUUUCAGUCGUCUGCUAAAACGCACAGAAAAUAACUGCAGCUCUGGGAAUAUGCCAUCUUUUUUUAAAUUGGUCUUUUUAAAAUGAUGUCAGUGCGUGGUUAAAAGAAGGGCUUGUGUUUCUCCAUUAAACCUGCUCCUUUCAGUCUAAACCUUAUGCGGCUGAUUGUCAGACACAGGAGGGCAGUAAAACUCAUGUUUGGACUUCGAAGGAUGAAGGAGCAGCAGGACGUUUCCUCCGUUGAAACACUAAAGCUCUUUUAGCUGCUACACACUUCUCUCUGUGUGUUCUUCAGCUGCUGCUGCUGGAGUUUCCGUUUAUUUCUGAGCAUCAAGGAAAAUCUCUGGGAAAAUCUAGUAUGUAAACAAAAAGUAGUUGGAUAUGGCCUUAAUAAAGAUGGUGUUCAACAUAUUAAGCUAGGUGGUAUUUUUGUGACUAGUUUUAUUAGCCUAUGCUCAUUAGAGACAGUAUGUUUGGGAAGAGAAAAGUCUUCAUGAAUAAAGUCGGUCUCUUACGCUCCAGUUUACAGGAAGUGGCUGUAGGGUGGACCUGGGAAACCCAUCCUCUGUUGGCGCAAAAACAAUAGCUAUUGAGCACAGGAGCUGCAGCCUUCAUGCGUCCACACAGGACUCAGUUUGAGACAUUUUUGUGUCCAUUCUCUUUAGGACAAACCACUUUAUUAAAAAAAAAAGACGUGUUUGUCUGCUGGUUACAUCUGAUGAAGCUUUCUGCAAGCGUGAAGGGAGAUUCUCCCAACAUUUCACACCAUUUUAUGUCUUUUGAAGUCAGAUCAUCCCAGAAUUUUAAGGUUUAGAAAAACAGAACAAACUUAUGUUACAACAGCACCAUCACUACUAUUAUAUCCACUGCUAAAUGCCUGACUAAUGGAGAGUUUUAGCAAGUAAAAUAUGUGUUUAAAUAGACAAUGUGAUAAAUGUUCCCUGAAAUGUGACAAACCUAAUUGUAAUAAAUUCUUUUUCUGUGCCUAACCACAACACUAAGAGAAGUUUCAUAAUAAAACUGGCUUUUAUACAGAUUUUUUUUUUAAAUGUCAACUAAUCUACGUUUUAAGUAUUUUAGAGUAGGUGGCACUUAAACAGGAAAUGUAUUGAUCCAUAAAAUGUAUGUUUACAACUUUUAGGACACAUGAACUGUGUUGUAUGUAAAACAGUAAUAAAGUUUUGAUUUUUAACAAUAA